AUGGACAAAUUAAACAAUUCAAAUGAGCUUGAUGUCACUCUAACGGCAUCAUCUUCAAAUAAUUCCUCUCCGGAAUUAUCUGUAGCUGAGUGUGUGCCGGCCAUUGGGCUGGAAGCCUCCACCCAUUUCGACAGCGCUACUGUGUGCGUCAAAAUGGAUCCGGAUGGGCCACCGUCUACUUCUCCGCUUGCGGAAACGGUGUACGCACCAGCAGUUACUUCGUCGCGAUCUCAGGUAAGGCGGCAGGAAAUUAUUGAGGUCUUGUCCUCAAAUUCCGAAACCGUUGAAUCUGAUGAUUCCGACACCGGCAGUGUGGUAUCACAAAAAUCCGGUCUAACUGUCGUUGGAUCCAAAGUUGGCAACCUCACUUUGGAAUCUCCAAAAUUUACUCACCUUAAAAGAAGUGAGAGAAGAAGGUUUAAGGCGGCAAUGUCUUCAGGCCAUAGCAGGGCAGAGGCUCUUAAAAUUGCUAUGCAACAUCCACCUGCAAAUAAGCGGGUCAGAUCAGAGGAGCAAUCCCCCGGUUUGUUUCCCGCCAAAAAACAUAAGGUGGCUCACGUGGGGCUCACCAAGCCAUCGUACAGCCUAGCUGUUAAAGGCGUACGCUUAGGCUUCACGUCGGCCGAUCCGGCUGGCACUUCGCUCUCUACAGAGCAAAUCACGCUUCUCCAAGAAGCCAUUAUUGAUGUUGCUAUUGAGCAACACAACGACGAAAUACAGCCGGAGUUCGAAGGGUGUUUACCUAGAACGGGGUGGCUGCUUAUCGUCUGCAGUGAUGCAAAAACUGCGGAGUGGGUCAAGAAAUUUUCAGGCCACAUAGGGGCCAAAAGCGGACUCGCUUUAAACGUGGUAGAGGAAAAAGAUUUCCCACGAACUCAUGUAGUUCGUGGCUAUUUUCCUCAGAGUUUGACACUGUCAAACGAAAAAGUUCUGGCUACCAUUGGUACCCAGAACAAAUUCUCCACCACGCGGUGGAAGGUGAUACGCAGGCUGACGCAGGAUCAGAUGCUUCACCUAGUCUUCGUCAUUGAUGACGAAUCUAUGAAGAAGUUAUCCGAACUUAAAGGUAGGAUUGCAUACCGGUUCGGACACUUGAGAUUGAUGCUAAAGGGAACCACCCCCGCUCAUUCUCACCUCAUAGAUAAUACUCCAAAGGUGGUUCAGGAUGAUAAUAUAAUCCAAUCAUCCUCGGCUCCGGCAGCAUCCAUUACGGAUGAUUGCCCAACAGUGACUGUUCCUGAGGAAGAGGAACUAGACACACGUCCCUCCACAAGCAAGGCUGUGUGCUCUGCCAGUGGGCGUGCUGUUCAGAUUCCCACCUCGGUAACAAAGUCCACAAUGCCCUCCACGGGCACGGCAACUGUAGCAGGUAAACCACGGACCGCUACCAAUAAAACACCCUUAAUCGGUAAAAUUUUACCGAAGCAAUCAAAGGGUGAUAGAAAUAAAGGUUCUCGACGAGACAAGCGUGAAAGUCUCGUCCGUAAGUCUCUUAACGAGACAUAAUGAGCGCUCUUGAAGUGCUCCAGGCAAA